AUGCCGGCCCGCAAACGCGCCUCCGAGGCCGCGAGCCCGCCCCCCAAACGACGAUCCACGCGCCAGGCCGCUGCUGCAUCUGCCGCUGUUGCUUCAUCAGCCGCGACUGAGCCCUCAUCCAAGCCGCCCGUCGGCAAGGCAAAGCCAAGCAGCAAAGCGCAAAGCAAGCCCGCCAAGAAGCCAGAGGUCAACUCGGCCCCCAAACCCCAGGUCCAGAAGCUCAAGGCCGACAAGGCGCCAUCCAAUGCCAAGCCAGCCGUGAAUGGCACGGACUCGAGAGCCGUCUCCGAGGACCCGGACCCCGAGUCCAUCCCCGUGACAAACCCCGAGGCACCGCGCCAUGACGGCGAGUGGUACUGGCUCAUGAAGGCGGAGCCCGAGUCGCGCUUCGAGAAUGGCAUCGACGUGCGCUUCUCCAUUGACGACCUGCGCGCAAAGACGAAGCCCGAGGGUUGGGACGGUAAGCACUCGCGACGCGCAACCACAUGA